AUGUAUUCCCUCACCGUUUACAAAGGCAGCGCCGACGGCUCCAUCAAGAGAGACGUCACGAAGAAGCCAGAACUGAAAGGCGACGAGGUCCUUGUGAAGGUCACGGCUUCCGGUCUUUGCGGCACCGACGCUCAUUACCGUUCCCAGGACAUGGUCCUCGGGCACGAAGGCGUCGGUGUUGUGGAAGCCACAGGCCCCGGGGUUCGCCAGCUCAAGACGGGCGAUCGCGUGGGCUGGGGCUACGAGCACGAUAGCUGUGGCCUCUGCGAGUUGUGCCAAUCUGGGCGCGAGACCUUCUGCGCAAGCCGUAGCAUGUACGGGUUCGCCGACCUUGACCAGGGUUCCUUCGCUACCGGCGCCGUCUGGAAGGAACCCUUCCUCUUCAAAAUCCCGGAUGGCCUCACCGACGUGGACGCCGCACCGCUCAUGUGUGCCGGAGCGACCGUUUUCAGUGCCCUCACCACGCUCGAGGAUGCUCCUGUUGCCCGUGUCGGCGUCAUCGGGAUUGGCGGCCUGGGCCACCUUGCCAUCCAGUUCGCUGCCAAGCUGGGCUGCGACGUCGCCGUCUUCAGCGGCACCGAUUCCAAACGGUCCGAGGCCAUGAAGCUCGGGGCCAGAAGCUUUUACGCCACAAAGGACAGCAAAGGGCUCGAUAUCGGCAGCAAGAAGCUCGAUAUCCUGCUUGUCACAUCGAGCAUGCCCCCUGACUGGCAUCUUUACAUCCCACUUUUGAGCCCGGGCGCCACGAUUUUCCCCCUCACCAUUUCUAUGGGUGACUUCAGUAUCCCCUACCAGGCCCUGAUCUCGAUGGGCCUCCGCGUGCAAGGCGCCAUGGUGGCGUCCCGCGUCGUACAGAAGCAAAUGCUAGAGUUCGCUGCCCGAAACAAUGUAAAGCCUGUGGUCGAAACGUUUUCCAUGUCUAGGGGGGGUAUUACAGAAGCUUUUGAGAAGUUGGCCAACUGA